AUAUAAACACUUCAGGUCGCCCGGUUCGCGGAUGCGGUACAUUUGUGAGGACAGACAACUGACUCUUUAAAACACAAUUCAGAUUUUCACAACUGCUUCAAAACAAGACGCGAAUUCGAGUUAUUCUGACGCUUGUUUUAUUUACACAUACAGCCCAUGCCUAACACUUCUUCCACAGAGUCUGUUCAAGAAUAAACACGUUUUCCUGGAGUCGUCGGUCUGGACUUAUAUGUAAUGACGGGGAACUGAUACAGGUUACCGCAGUGUCGCUCACCGCGCAGCCAGGAUGAAGCGUCCAGUUUUCGGGUUGUCCACCUUCUGCGGUGUUUUCAUGGUCUGGACAUUGUUUUCGGUGCCAUUGGGCUUCUCAUACCCUCUGGAAGGAGAUACAGAUUCGCCCGAGCUGAGGUUCGUGGAGGAGUUUAAGCUCGGGUUCAGCUGGCGCAACAUGUCCUGCGUGGUGUGUAAAGCGAUCUUCGCCACGGUUGACAUAGCGCUGCUGAGUGACUCAAACAUGGAGCGUGUGGCACAUGCUCUGGGAGAGGCCUGUGUCCGACUGCACCUCUCCGAUCCGGAUGUAUGCCGAGAGAUCACUGAGCUCUUCCGAGAAGAUUUCAUCCGUGCGCUGCAGGAGUCCUUCCUCUGGCCUUCGGAGGCUUGCGCUCUGCUGGUUGGACCUACGUGUGGCCAUUUUGAUAUUUAUGCCCCCUGGAAUGUAUCCCUGCCACGGGUCCCCAAACCCCCAGUUAAACCACCCACCCCUCCCAAACCAGGCUCUCCACAGAGCAGGAUACUCUUCCUCACAGAUAUCCACUGGGAUGCGGAGUACGCCGAGGGCAGCCUUGUGGAUUGUAAGAAGCCACUGUGCUGUCGCAAUGACUCCGGAAGGGUCAGUUGGAAGCAAUUUGGAGCCGGAUACUGGGGCACAUACGGUGAGUGUGACCUGCCUCUGCGCACAGUGGAGAACCUCCUCCAAAACGUAGCCAAAUCCGGCCCAUGGGAUUGGGUGUACUGGACCGGAGACAUUCCAGCACACAACGUCUGGUCUCAGACCCGGAAACAACAGCUGAACGAGCUUACCACCAUCACUAGACUCAUACUCAAACAUCUGGGGCCUAAUGUAACCGUGUACCCAGCUGUGGGGAAUCAUGAGAGCACUCCAGUGAAUAGUUUCCCACCUCCGUUUGUACACGGGAAUCGUUCGUCCCGCUGGCUGUAUGACACUAUGGCGAAGGAGUGGGCAUCCUGGCUGCCUGAGGAAGCCCUGAAGACGAUACGGCAUGGAGGGUUCUACACGGUGGAAGUUCAGCGUGGUUUGAGGGUGGUGUCUUUGAACAUGAACUUCUGUGCACGAGAGAACUACUGGCUAAUGGUGAACUCCACAGACCCGGCUGAUCAGCUCCAAUGGCUCAUUCGCAUAUUACAAGAGUCAGAGAACAAGGGAGAGAAGGUCCACAUCAUCGGUCACAUCCCCCCCGGUCUCUGCCUGAACAGUUGGAGUUGGAAUUACUAUCAUAUAGUCAACAGAUAUGAAAGCACCAUAGCUGGUCAGUUUUUCGGACACACUCAUGUCGAUGAGUUUCAGAUGUUCUAUGAUGAGGAAACAUUGACCCGUCCACUGAGUGUGGCUUUCAUUGCCCCAAGUGUGACCACUUAUGUCAACCUGAACCCAGGAUAUCGUGUUUAUUACGUGGAUGGAAACUACCCAGGCAGCAGUCGCAUGGUUUUGGAUCACAAGACCUUUAUUCUCAACCUGACUCUGGCCAACAACCGGCCCUCAAAACCUGACCCUAGCCCGUCAUGGACCUUGUUGUACCGCGCCUCUGAGGCCUACGGUUUGUCCACACUCUUCCCAUCAGACAUGGACGGUUUGACCAAAGUCAUGGUGAAUGAUGACCGUGUCUUCCAGCGCUUCUGGUACCUCUUUCAUAAAGGCCACGUAUCAAAGCCCUGCGCAGACACUUGCAAGACGUCACUAAUCUGCCUCCUGCGCAGCGGACGAUACGACCUUUUAAAACAAUGUGCCGUGCCACACGGAGAUACGCACUCUUUCAGGAAGACAAUGUGUUGAGAAAAUAUGAAAAUGGCUAUUGAGCUCUCUUGGGAUUAUUGCCACGCCAACAUCACAGACUAUGAUUUAUUUAGCACUUUCAUUCGACUUUUUUUUUGUUUGUUUGUUUUUUGUAGCAUUUGUUACAUUCAUCCUCAACAUCAUCAAACUGUUUGAUUUUUGUUCUUGUUUUACAGUUUGCUAUUUAUCUGACUUGCUGUGGACAUUGUUAGCAUUAACAGCUGUAAGGUGUUUUGUCAAGAUGGGGUUUAAAAGUCAGUUCUCGUAAAGAUGUGUAAUUUAGGGCAGUGAAUCAGAGAAAAGCAUUAUUGGUUGAAAACAGAACAGGUAGUGACCUCACAACCAAAUCAUGUGGUGUGUUAGUGCCUCAUAAAAACCACAAUUGCUCAGUCCUCAUUCUCACAAGGUUCAGAGUGUUUUGUGUCACUCUUGAGUGGAUUGUGGUUUUUUUUUUUUUUUUCUUUUUUUUUUUUUUUUUUUUCUUUUUGUGUCUUAUCACUUCCUGAAUCGACCUACACUAUGCACACUGGAGCCUGUUCAAGGCCAGUUGUAUUAGAUGACGGUUUGUUGAUUCAACAUCGUCAUUACGCACUAUUUGUUUUAAUUGGUAAAGAAAUUGUGUUCUGAGGAGAUUCUGAUUAAUGUCACACUUACUAAAAAUGAUUUUGCACUUGUAGUGUGAGACUUUAUGAAUGUUGAAAUCAUGGAUUAUCUGAAGGUCUUACUAAAUAAAGAAAUAUUUUGCAAAGUG